AUGCCGCAUCGCAACUUCGCAACCCUCGCGCCGCGUCUUGUCGCGUCAAACAUUGACGAUCACGACAACACCUCAAAGGCAGAUAUAUUGACACGGCAUCAAGUUGCAGCAGAUCGCAUUGCCAACGUGGACUUUAUCCGUCAGAAAACAAUGGCUCGGCCAUGUUCGCUGGAAUGCGUUAUCAACGGCCCGUGGUCUUGCUGGGCUUGGCUUCUCCUGGCAGAUGGCAACCGCCUUCAGACGACCCCGCGCAGACAACAGCCUGAUAAGAAGCGCAGCCGAUUGCCACUACUCCAAACAGCACAAAUUGACAAGUUGGACGGGGAACCCGUCAACAAAAACAACCACCUUCCAUGGUGUAAACAAAAGAAUACCAUGGCAAUUGGCGGUUGGACCGACUUUGGAGAUCCUUGA